CUCUAUUGACAACAAAAAAUGAACUCACCUCCAACACAAUUACUACCACCCAUUUCAAUGUUCACCACGGGCCUUGCUUCUCCUCCUACAACUGCAUUUGAUCCAAAAAAAGCAAUGCCCAUAUUACCCAAGCCUUAUGAAGACCAUUUAUUUCCAUACCCUGCUGAGUUAAGAAGAAGAUCAGAUCCAGCCCAAGACAGCCAGAAGAGAGUGAUGACCUCUGAAGAGGUAUUAGCAGAAAAAAGACGAAGAAAUGCAGGCGCAUCUGCACGAUUUCGUGAUCGUCGUAAGCAGAGAGAGCGUGAAUUACAGGAACGAUGCCAGGGUUUGGAAAAGAGGACACAGGAAUUGGAAGACGCAUUACGAUUUGUCUGUCCUGAUCAUCCCUUGUUAAUAAAUGCAAACCUAAAUUCACCAUCCGAAACAUCGUCAUCCUCAUCAUCACCGUCAACACCAUCCGCAUCGGUAGAUAUUCUUGGUCGCAUCAAUCAGUUGGAGCAAUUUAUAACUCGAUUUAGAGUCGAAAAGCAAACAGACGCAAAGAAACUAGAGGAAUUAGAAAAUGAGAACAAGUUUUUGAAAUCUGUAUUAACAACUCUAACAAGUAAAAAUGAUUCACAAGAACAACAACAGCAAUCUGCUCCAAAUUCUCCUUCAUCUGAUGUUUAAGCAUAAUACAAACACGCACAUUCCCUUGCAUUUUCAUUAUACACACAUUUUCAUUCUAUUACAUUUUGAUUAAAUAAUAAUAAAAGAGAUUGUUUAUUAAACUUAAAA